UACUCCAGGCCUGUUUAUUACCAGUGCUUCUGAUCGAUCGUUAUCGAGGGUUUUUUCACGUCGCGUUUUUUCCCACCGCCGCCGCCGCCGCCACCACCACCACUGCAGUUGCUCACCUCUCCGUCGCGGGUUACGUCGCCGGCGACCACCCUACCCUCCAGCCUGCGCUGAUCUCCAUCGUCCCGCGAGCGAGUAGAGCAGAGCAGCGCCGCUUCCUCUUGUCGUCGGCGGCGGCGAGCACUACUGAGACUAAACCUUGAAUUUACUGGAGAAGUAUCAACAAAAUAGCAGACAAAAUCAGUUUGAUAUCCAUCAAGUAUGGCGAAUAACCGUGAGUGGAUGUAUGCUCGGUGGAAACGUGGUUGUGCACUGACUGAUGAGUGGGUAGAACAAACUAAGGGUUUCUUCGAUCACGCCUUUUCCCUUCCAAAUAUCGUUGUUAGUGGAAAAAUUAAGUGCCCAUGCUCCUUAUGUUGGAACUACGUUUCGCACAAACGGCAAAUGAUCGAGAUGCAUUUGUGUCGUGAGGGUUUCAAGGAGAAUUACAUGAAUUGGACAGAACAUGGUGAGUGUAUUGGUCAAGAUCAAGCCACAACUUCAGAAGGUAAUGAAGAUUUUGAUGAACCGGAUCGGAUGGAUGACAUGUUGGCUGACAUAGCCAGCGAUUACCAGCUUUCUGAGGAAGAACCCACAGCUUCUGCUCAGGCCUACUACAAGAUGGUGGCUAGUGCAGAUGAAAAGGUACACGAUCAAACAACACACACCUGUUUAUCUACCAUAGCUCGUCUGCUUGCCAUCAAGUCACAGUACAACAUGCCAUCAGCAUGCUAUGAUGAUGUGAUGCAAUUGAUCCAUGAGCUCCUCCCUGCUGGGUCAAAGUUGGAUGAUAACUUCUAUCGUUCAAAGAAAACUCUUGCUGGCAUAGGGAUGCCAUAUGAAAAAAUUUAUGUGUGCUACAACAAUUGCAUGCUUUACUACAAAGACAAUGCCGAGAAAGUUAGAUGUGACUUUUUCAAAACAUCUCGGUAUGAGAAUGACAAUAGCAAAGUUCCACGUAAGGUUCUAAGGUAUCUCCCUAUCAUACCUAGACUGCAAAGGUUGUAUAGUAAUGAAGAGAUAGCAGUCCAAAUGAGAUGGCACAAAGAACACCCUACACAUAAGCUAAAUGUGAUGAUGCACCCACGUGAUGGUGAAGCAUGGAUUCAAUUUGAUGUAGAUUUUUCUACUUUUGCACAAGAUCCAAGAAAUGUCCGGCUUGGUCUAGCUAUAGAUGGAUUCACACCUUUCAACAUGACUGCUGCGUCAUACUCCUGUUGGCCUGUCUUUAUAGUACCAUACAAUCUCCCACCAGACAUUUGCAUGAAACCAGAGAACAUAAUGCUUGCCCUUGUUAUCCCUGGUCCUCAACAUCCUGGAAAGAACUUGAGCACACUAUUGGAACCUUUGGUGGAUGAGUUACUUCAGAUAUGGGAUGAUGUAACCACAUGGGAUGCUUCGAAGAAGGAAAACUUGACUAUGAGAGCAGCAUAUCUUUGGUCGAUCCAUGGCUUUCGUGCUUAUGGUGAUUUUGCAGGUUGGAGCACCAAUGGUAACUUAGCAUGCCCAACAUGUAUGUGUGAGUCAAAAGCAUUCAGGCUCCAUAAUGGAGGGAAAAGUUGUUGGUUUGAUUGCCAUUGAUGCUUCCUUCCAAGUGACCAUGAGUUUCGGACUCAAGCAAAUGCAUUUCGAAAGAACACAACAGUACACCACUGUUAGAAUUUCAAUGGUUACUCUCAUUGAGAAGAGGAUGGCACUUAGAAUGGGGCAAUUUUCUGGUUUUCUUCAUUCACAAACUCAAAAGCCAUAUCCUCCCAAAGAGGAUUGGAUACAUAUUUAUAGCUGCUUGUAGCAGCCAUGCUAGGGCAAGUGGGUGCUGUCCUAGAGCAUCCCAACAAACUGUCCUAGAGCAUCUCAACAAACUGCUGUCCUAGCUGUCCUAGAGCAUCCAAACUGAAAGUACAAAUGCUGUCCUAGAGCUAAAAAGCAAGAAAAAGCACCACAAGACCAAGACCAAGACUUAUUCAUACAUUCUCCCCCUAAGUCUUGUGCGCCGUCUUGUGGGAAAGUUGAGCCAUCCCGAUCCGGGAGCAAACCUCAAGGAACUUGAUCCUCCCAAGGGGCUUGGUGAGCAAAUCCGCAAGCUGGUCCUUGGUGUUGAUGUAGCUCGCCUUGAUGCUCCCUUCCUCCAAGUAGCUUCGGAUGAAGUGAUACCUCACCCGGAUGUGCUUGCUCCGUUCGUGAAAACCAGGGUUCUUUACCAGGGCUAGAGCGGACUUGCUAUCCACCCUGAGCUCCACCGCUCCAAUGUCUCUGCCGAGGAGAUCACUAAGCAGUAGAGCAAGCCAGAGCGCCUGGGUCGAAGCGGCGGAGGCCGCCAUGUACUCGGCCUCGCAGCUGGACAGGGCCACCAUCUGCUGCUUUACCGACUGCCAGCUAACGAGGCACUCGCCGAGGAAGAAGAGAAUCCCGCUCGUGCUCUUGCUGGUGUCGAUGUCGCCGGCGUGGUCGCUGUCGCUGUACCCGACGAAGUGUGCCUUGCCAGGACACCUCGAGUAGUAUAGACCGUGGUCAAGAGUCCCCGCAACGUAGCGGAUGAUCCUCUUCACAGCCUGCUGGUGCUCCGUCGUCGGUCGCUGCAUGAACCGACUGACGUAGCCAACGGAGAAGGCCAAGUCUGGCCGUGUGUGGGUGAGGUAGCGAAGGCUCCCCACAAGACGUCGGUACUGUGUAGCAUCCACUUCCUCCGUCGUGCUAUUGCGGCUCAGCUUCAGUCUCUCCUCCAUCAGAGUGAGAGCUGGGUUGCAAUCGGUGAGUCCAGCCAGCUCAACAACGCGCUUGGCGUAGGCGGUCUGUCGAAGCGUGAUCCCGGAGUCGUCCUGGUGCACCUCGAUCCCCAGGUAGAAGGAGAGGCCCCAGAUCACUCAUCUGGAAGGUGGCCUUUAUCUCCUCCUUGAACGCUGCGACCUCCGCAUCCUUGGUGCCGGUGAUCACCAAGUCGUCGACGUAGACACCCACCAGCAAGGCUUUUCCACCAUUGCCCCGUCGGUAGAUGGCCGUCUCGUACGGGCUUUGCUCGAAGCCCAUCCCCUUGAGCGUGGAAUCCAACUUGGCAUUCCACACCCUCGGUGCCUGCCGCAAGCCAUAGAGGGCCUUGUGCAGGCGUAGCACUUUGCCCUCCUUGCCGGGGAUCACAAAUCCCGGCGGCUGGUGCACGUAGACCUUCUCCUUCAAGUCGCCGUUCUGAAACGUCGACUUGACGUCCAUGUGAUGGACGCCCCAGCCUUCCUAAGCAGCCAGCGCAAGAAGGAGUCGCACGGACUCCAUCCGUGCCACGGGAGCGAAGGCAUCGUCGUAGUUGAUCCCCUCCUGCUGCACGAAAUCGCGUGCCACCAAGAGCACAAAGAGUUUGUGCUUACAAAGCCUUUUCCAGCUAACUUGACCAACAAUGCUCCUGCUGCUCAACGUAGGGAGCAUGAAAAGCGAUGCAAUGAUUAUCUUGAUAUAAGCUGUCUCAUGCUUGCUACUAUGUCCCCUGAGCUUCAAAGGCAAUAUGAGGCAUUGGAUGCUCAUACGAUAAUCACGGGACUACGUAACAUGUUUGAGGACCAAGCAAGAGCUGAGAGGUUUAAUACCUCAAAGUCCUUAUUUGCGUGCGGGCUUGCAGAAGGUAAUCCAAUGAGCCCACAUGUGGUCAAAAUGAUUGGUUACACCGAGAGUCUGGAUAAGCUUGGCUUUCCCCUUAGCCGAGAGUUGGCUACUGAUUUGAUUCUCCAGUCGCUCCCUCCCUGCUUUGAGCCGUUCAUAAUGAAUUUCAACAUGAACAACCUGAACAGGACCUUGGCAGAAUUGCAUGGGAUGCUAAAGACUGCCGAGGAAAGCAUUAAGAAAAACUCCAACCAUAUGAUGGUUAUGCAUAAGCGCAAGCCCAACAACAAGAAAAGUGGUCAAAAGAGAAAGGUAAACUCUGAUGAGAUCACGAGUACUAGCAACUCUAAGACCAAGGUUCAAAAGAUAGGGCCCGCUAAGGAUGCAGAGUGCUUCUUUUGCAAGGAGACAGGUCAUUGAAAAAGAAAAUGUAAGAAAUACCUAGAGUAGCUCAAGCAGAAGCAGCAGGAUGGAAAGAGUUCCACCUCAGGUAUUAAUGUUAUAGAAAUUAAUCUUGCUACUUCCUCUACUAAUUCUUGGGUAUUUGAUACCAGGUCAGUUGCUCACAUAUGCAAAUCGUUGUAGGGGCUGAAAAAAAGUAGGAGCUUAGCAAGAGGCGAAGUGGACAUUCGCAUGGGCAAUGGAGCAAGAGUUGCUGCUGUUGCGGUCGGCACUAUGCCAUUAUCUUUACCAUCAGGAUUAGUUUUGGAGUUAAAUAAUUGUUAUUGCAUUCCAGCUUUGUGUAAGAACGUUAUCUCUGCUUCUUGUUUGCAAGCAGAGGGUUAUGGUUUUAUAUCUGUAGACAAUGGUUGUUUAGUCUAUUAUAAUGACAUUUUCUAUUUCCAUGCACCCAUGAUGAAUGGCUUAUACAUUGUGAAUCUUGAUGGAUGUUCAGUCUAUAACAUUAAUGCAAAAAGGCAACGUCCUAAUGAUUUGAAUUCCA